CAUUAUUUAGUGUUUAAUUAUUUAUGAAACACUCAUAUGUAUCAUUUAAAAUGGGUUUCUCAAUUUCAUUUUAAAAAUUCAAUUACCAAAUUGAAAAAAAACAGCUUGAAUAAGUGCUUUGUACAGUCGUCAAGAGCGAAUUGGAUAAAGAAUCUAUCGAGGAGUUAUUCCACGCAGGUUGAACAAGUAAAUCAGCUGGACAAUGCUGUUUCGAAUCCUGGAUUUCCUACUUUGCAUAAUUUUCUUCUAAAGGAUCAAAAAAAAUCUGGCGAUUUGCAUCUUCAUACUGCUUUCAAUCUGUGUAUGGAUGAACUUUUGAGUAAUGCUGAUAAAGGUCGAAUCAGAAGCUUGACUAAUAAAAUACACAAACGCAGGGAAGAGGAAGUUAGGACUCCGACUUCGCUUCCUUGGAAAGAAGAAUCUACAAAGACAAUGACAGAUGCUCAAAUUUUGGCGUAUUUAAAAGAAACAAUGCCGUAUCAAUAUGCUUCGUUAUAUCACAUAUUCCAUGAAUUGAAAAGUCUUUUGAAGGGUAAACCAAGUGACCAAUUGAAAGUUUUGGAUUGCGGAAAAGGUCCAAACUUGGGUGCAAUUUUGUGUCAAUCUUUUUUUCCCACGACAAUUCCGUUCUCUGUAGUUGAGGAAAACAGAUUUCUUCGUGAAAUUAUAAAACAACUCAAUCAAAAUAUUUCUUCCUCGCUAGAUUCUGGGAAUUUGAAUCCCGAGCUUUUUGGAAGAUUGCCGCUUUCCCAAAAAGGGAAUUACGAUUUAGUUAUCGCUUCGAAUCGACUUCUUGAAUGUGAUUCUGAUGAAGAGCUUUUUGGAUACUUACGUGCGCUCUGGUCUCUAUUAAACAAAGGUGGUAUCGUAAUUCUAACUGAGCAAGGUUCAAAACAUGGCUUUCAUGCGAUCAAGAGAGCUAGAUCAUUUUUAAUAAACAGAGGAAAAGACAAGGAAAACGAUCGUUUAGAUGCAAGGAUUUUGGCUCCUUGCCCUCACGAAGAUCGUUGUCCCAUCAACAUAGACAGCGGCGUCAGAGCAAAUGUUUGUAAUUUUAAACAGCAUUUCUUUUUUCCUUCCUUUUCUCGCUUAUACGUUCCAAGGAGUGAACAGAGGUCUCAGUCCCACUCAAAGUUUAGCUAUGUCGUUUUACAGAAGGGCGUUGCUCGUGAGUCGAACACAUAUAAACCUGUCCAAAAUGAACAAGAGCUUUUGAAGCCUGGUUUCGAAGAUAACGAUGGCCAUAUUAAUUGGCCUCGUAUCAUCCGAUCACCUCUAAAACGCCAUGGUCAUGUUAUUGUUGACGUGUGCGAUCAUGAUGCCCAGCUUCGGCGACACAUUAUACCCAAGUCUCAAGGUAAAUUGUAUUAUCAAAUAGCUAGAAAAUCUAAUCUUGGAGACCGUUUCCCUAUUAAAGGUAAAGUUCAAAGUGUUGAACAAAAGCAACAAGCCAAUAAACAUUUAGAAGCUAAUGAAGAACAUGCGGCUCUAAACUCUCCAUUGAAAGACUCUUCAGAGGUAUCUGAAAAGACAAUACCAAGCUAUGCUUUCACUGGAAAACGUUACUACAGUACCAGUCCUUAUUUCCGUCAAAACUCAUCUAAAUUUUUUGGGUCAGCAAGGGGUUCAUUAAUUAACAGGCGAUUUUAUUCGCAAAGACACAAGAUAAACCCAAAAUUAAAAUACCAACGACAGACCACUAUCAAUUAUUUAAUCGCGCUCUCUGUUUUGGUACUUGGUAUAACAUAUGCAUCAGUUCCUCUUUACCGCUUGUUUUGUUCCAAGACUGGUUACGGCGGGACAGUCAAUACUGAUCAAGAGCGUAUGAAUGUUGAUAGAAUGGUUCCUCGUAGAGACUCUAAACGGGUAAGGGUAACAUUCAACAGCGAUGUCGCAGGAAAUCUUCGCUGGAAGUUAUAUCCUCAGCAAAAAGAGAUCUGGGUUCAACCUGGAGAAACGGCUCUUGCAUUUUACACAGCUGAAAACUAUUCCGACGAAGAUAUAGUUGGCGUUGCCACGUACAAUAUUGUACCAGGUCAAGCCGCUAUAUAUUUCUCUAAAGUUGCUUGUUUUUGUUUCGAAGAGCAAAAGUUAGAUGCCGGUGAGAAGGUCGAUUUACCAGUAUUUUUCUUUUUGGAUCCAGAGUUUGUCGACGAUCCAAACAUGAAAUACGUAGAUGAUAUACUGCUCAGUUAUACGUUCUUUGAAGCAAAAUAUGACAAUAAUGGAAAUUUACUAACCCAGUUAAAUUAAUAGGCUCAUUGGAUAAUGUCAGGAUAACAAA